CCUCGUCAGCAACGCGCAUGCUCCCUGCAUCCCCCUCCAUCCGCACGUCGAGGGACCGAGGAGCUCGGAUAACUAUGCUCGGCGUCUCAGGCUCAGCCGGCUGAAAACUCGGCUCCAGGAAGCAUUAGACUUGCGUAAGACGUGUACAUUUAGGGUCAGGCAGUUCUCUGGGCGAACAUGGAAAUGAAGAAGUCUUUUUCGGCCACAGAGCGGGCGCUCAGGAGCUACGGCGCGGUGUCGCAAACGGCGUGGACGACGGACAAAGGUCACUGUGACGUUUCCAUGGCUGAGAGCACCAUGUGUCCGGAAGAGAUUGAGGUGGAGAUGGCUCGAAUCCAGCGCCUCAGGGAGGUCCUGGUGCGUCGGGAGUCCGAGCUACGCUUCAUGAUGGACGACAUCCAGCUGUGCAAAGACAUCAUGAGUUUGAAACAGGAAUUGAGACAGAUUGUUGCAGUACCAGAGAAAGACAAAAGCAAGAAAGACAAACAACAGGAAGAGGAACUGAUCCUAAAGAUCCAUAAACUGGUGCAGAAGAGGGAUUUCUUGGUGGAUGAUGCAGAGGUGGAGAGAUUAAGGGAGCAGGAGGAGGACAAGGAGAUGGCAGACUUCCUCAGGCUGAAAUUGAUGCCACUGGAAAACAAACUCAAAGUCAAACAAAUACACCAAGAUCCUCCAAAGCCCAAAAGACAAGUUCUGGAGCCACCAUCCAACAAACCCUUCGUCACGAAAUCAGGUGUGGCCAUCAUUAAGGACUGCUGUGGCGCCACCCAGUGUUCCAUCAUGUAAUUACCGGAGACCUUCAAUACCCCCCACCUCGCCCACCAACAAAUUCAGCAAACAUCAUGUCCUGUGAAUAUGAGAACCUGUCCAGCUUUAUGCUCCACUCGAAGGUGUCUAUAAGUCGAGUCGUGUUUG